GCACCGUGCAACAUUGAUGAAUUGAUGUGUCAAAUAUUAUUAUCAAUAUUAUUAUAUGAGUUCAAGUUGCAUAUAGCCAUAUUUGCUUUAAGGUGGCCCUGCAGUGCCGGGUGAAUGUGGUGGUUUUGUCUUCGCACAAAAUAUAGCGGGGAAUGGGCCAAACCUAAGGUCCCUUGGGUGCAGGGGCAUUUGGCGGGGAUUUUACCAUCAGUUCAUUCCCUCUGGGCGGGGAUUUUAGCCUGUGUUGCUGGAUCGAAAUUCAAAGUCCGCACUAUUCCCCGGACCUUGGGGGCCGUGGUUACAAUUGACUGGCGUCAAAAUGGAAUCAUUGGAGUCUGGAAGGCAGUUUAGCAAGAAACAUGAUGGGACACCUUGGAGGCUGUUCUUUUCUACAACAUGUGCCCUGGUGGGACCCUUGUCGUUUGGCUAUGUGAUAGGGUACAGUUCCCCUGCUAUACCACAGCUGGAGGAACAGCAGCUACUGACGGGGACAGAGAGCGGAUGGUUUGGCUCUCUCAUGACAGUUGGGGCCUUGCUUGGUGGACCUCUAGGAGGAUGGAAUCUGGAAAAGUGUGGACGAAGAGCCACCAUGAAGAUGGCUGCUGUUCCAUUCUUCCUUGGAUGGAUCGCUAUGCUGUCGGCUACGGGGCCAGAAGCACUGUUUUUGGGAAGAUUUCUAUGUGGCCUGGGCUCAGGACUUGUGACUGUUUGUGUGCCGGUGUAUGUUGCAGAAAUCUCAACAAGUGCCCUACGAGGAACUCUUGGAGCAGGUGUUCAGCUGUCAAUAACUAUUGGUAUUCUUGCGGCUUAUGCAUCUGGAUUAUCGCUGACAUGGUCUAACAUGGCCGUCGUAGGACUGGUUCUGUCAAUAGUGCAGUUGGUGGCAUCAUUCUUAGUGCCAGAAACACCAAGGUGGCUAUUGAUGAAUAGCACAAAGGUAGAAGCAGUCAGGGCAUUGCAGCAGCUAAGACACCAGCAUGCUGAUUGUGAGGAUGAGUGUCGAGACAUUGAAGAAGGCUUGGACACAAAGGAGACCUUCUCUUGGUCCGAGUUUAAAAAACCUGAGCUGUCAAAACCAUUAAUGAUUUCUGUAAUUAUUAUGAUUUUUCAACAGUUCAGUGGAAUAAAUGCAGUGAUGUUCUACACUGUAUCCAUCUUCAAAAAUGCUGGACUGGAAAAUAGUGAAAUGGCAACAGUACUAAUAGGAGCAGUUCAGGUGGUAGGAACAUUUGUUGCCUGCAUGUUAAUGGAUAAAAUGGGAAGACGCAAGCUACUGAUUACUGCAGGCUCUGUCAUGAGCAUUUCUUGUUUCCUGUUCAGCUGGUAUUACUACAAAGUGAACACUGGAUCCAGUGCAUCCAGUAUGGGGAUGCUGGCUGUCACCUCUUUGGUUUUGUACAUCAUUGGCUUCUCUUUGGGCUGGGGGCCAAUUCCCAUGCUGAUCAUGUCAGAAAUAUUUCCCUCCAGAGUCAGGGGAGCAGCGAGUGCCAUUGCAAUAUUCACAAACUGGUCUUGUGCAUUCAUCGUAACUAAAGAAUUUCUGAUGAUCCAGGACUGGCUGGGCCCAGCUAUCACGUUCUCCCUGUUUGCCUGCUCUUGCAUGUUCAGUGUGCUGUACGUCUGGAAGAAGGUGCCAGAGACCAAGGGCAAAUCACUGGAGGAUAUUGAACUGUUUUUCUUGGGCAAGAGUAUGAUGCAUGUUUAAACCUCUUAAUACAAGCAUUUUUGGCAUAUAAAUACAAUACUAAUUGUUUUUCUGUUUCUUGGGUUAGAUCGAACAUGGUACUACUGUUGUUAUUGAUCAUAUGCUUGUGCUUUUCACAUACAUGUACACAUAACUUCUUAUGCAAUAAUCUUUUGUAGUUUGCUUAAAGCUUUGAUGCUUUAUGUCAAAUUUACAACUUUUAAUUUAAUCCUAAUCCGAACAGUUUUAAAUGUCAGCCUUAAAAUUCAAAUAAAACUGAAUGACUUGUAAAUUCUGGCUGUAAAAUGGCAUCAUAUUAUUAUUACUUAAUUUACCAGCACAUCAUGUCUUCUGCAUCAUGGUUGAAAGUUAAUUUCUUACAGGCCUUUUUCUACCCAUUUUUGUGAAAAAGACCGUAGACAUUUUGGUAAAAUAAGCGUUGCGAAAUAUACCAGAAAAUAUAAUUGCUUUACAUAAAAAAUUGAGAAAAUUACAGUUAAAUCAAGCUUUUCUGUCACCUGAAAAUGAGGAAAUUAUUAAAAUAUUAGUUUCUUUUCCCUUUCAAAAGACCUCAAAUGGCUGAAAUAUCAAUCUGUUUGAGUGUAAAUAUCUAAUAAAUAAAUCAUGACAGUUAAUAUUGCAUACUGAUCUCUGAACGUGAUGAAAAACAACGAUUUCUGUAUUCAAUAUUCCCCAAAGCCUAUAUAUCAAACAAUUUAUUAGAAUGUUGAAUGAACAAUCACAGAUAAAGACUUUCAUGAAAAAAAUAUAAUAAUUUAAUUUUAUUCAUUUUUAGCUCUACUGGCCAAAGGCCAGAAGAGCUUAUGCAAUGAUAUUAAUGUGUACGUAGUAUGCGAGUCUGUGCGUCUGUAAACAAUUUCUUGUUAACACGAUACAGUCUUCAGUUUUGAUUGUAUCUCGAUGAAACUUGUAUGUUGUAUUUAGAUAUCAAUUAGAGCUUGAUUCCUUUCCAAAACCAGCCAUAUCCGCCCAUGCAUGCCUAGAUUAUGGGUCUUGAAAGUUUUUAAUUUUUAAUACUACAGAAAUUUUUACCAUAAGUACAGUUUUGAAAGCAUUUUUUUUUGUCUGAUGACCUUUACUUGGCACAUAUUAAAAUAGUUCAUGCAACUAAUCUGCUUACAAUACUUUCUGGGCUCAGAUGUUGAACGUGCAACAUUUUCAGGUAACCUAAACACAAAACGUGAACUAUAUGUCUGUUGCCUUUUACCCAUACAUACAUGCGAGCUGGAUUAAAAAUGACCACAAGAGCCAUGCCAGUAAAGCAUAGGCCCUUAUGGGCCUCUUGUUUUACUUUUGAUUUGGAUUUUUAUCUCCAGAUUGGGAAAAAUAUCAUAUAUUUUGCUAGGGUAAUGGGUCCGACCCAUGAGAAUUAUAGAAAAAGGCCUUACUUACUCAGGCCUUACAUGAUUUGGUCGACAAAAAUUCAAUGCUGGUUAAUCAGAGUCUAGUGUAUAUUUCAAUUUGAAGAAAAGGAAAGAAUAAAAUACCUGGUAAAAAGAGGUAGCAGUAUUUUUUCUGUUUCAGUCACUGGAAUUGUUAUGUGAUUAAUGAGAGUAAUGUUUUUAAAUCGUUUACAUUGAUCAGUACUUGAUUAAAUUGUUUAUGAUUCUAUGUACAUAAUACAUUUUAUUUUCUGUUUUUCAAUCUAUAUAUAUAAAUAUAUAUAUUAGAGGUUAUUUUGUUAUAAGGAAAAUUAUUGUAUAAUAUUGUAUUAAUUAUAAAUCUUGUUACUUUGUUUUUGCAUUCUGAAUUCUCUUAAAAUGUAAUCAUGAUUCGUUCUGUGGUUUAAUAAUAUUUCCAUCUGCGUAUGUUAAAUAUUUGGUGCAUUGUAAGUGACAUUGUUUUGUAAAGAGGAUAACACUCUGUGGUUUUUCAUUUGAAUGUUACUGUUAUUAACAGUUUUCUUUUCUGGGUUAUACUUAACCAUCACAAUGUUGAUUGGUGAAUUACAUGUGCGUUUUAGUGUAUUUCAUUAUCAUUAUAUUGCAUAAUAAUAAUAAUAAUAAUAAUAAUAAUAAUAAUAAUGAUCAUCUUCGAUAAUCAUUGGUGAGUAACUUGGUUCUUGUUACAAGAUUAAUUUAUUAAUGGUUAAAAGUAUACUUUAACAGAAAUGAGUGGACUUAGAUCGUCGCAGACACUCCCAACUAGUAAAUGCAUACUAAUACCCUUUAACAAACUUUAGACUUAAGUGUUUUAAAUUAUAGUUUGUUUCUGUUUGAAUCAAUAAUUCACCUGAUUCACAUAAUUCUAGGCUGUACAUCUGGUUUAAAAAUUACUGCCAUCCCAUUGGACAAAACAGUAAUAGAGGUGUUAUCAAGUACAUUAUAACAAUUUUACUUAUUUAUUCUUUGUGUUUUAAUUCUUUAACCAUAUUUUCAUUCCAUAUUUAAUUAUAACAUUGUGGUUUGCACAUUUCUUAUGUACAAUAUGGGAAUAAAAGAAUCUCAUGA